AUGUCAAGUGAAGAAGAUGUAUGUUUAUCAAGUUUAAUUUUUAGAAAAUGAAAUAAUUAUAAGCCCUUCCAAUCAGAAAUUACCUGGAUUAAACUGUUGUACCACUUCUCCUAUAGGCAAUGACUGAAGUAGCCAAAGUGAGGUUAGUUUUUCUUAAGUAUAAAGACCUCCUAAUCCAAUUGAAUUCAUUGCUAACUUUUUGCUCUAGAAUAAUCCAGAAAAAGCAUAAGCAAGAUAAUAAUGA